AUGAACUGGCAACCGGGAGCCGAGCCUGGAAUUGACACUGAUGCUGAGAGAGUAAGUCCACACCUGGAAGCUUUGCGCGCGCGAUGCGACAUUCUAGUUGCGGAUUUCAGUGCGGACCAUCUCGAGACUGUGCAAGUUGACAAUGCUUCUCUGGAAGAGGUUUUGUCUGAGCAGCGACCGCCUCAGUUGCCUUGUCGCUGGAUCUCGGUUAAUGGAUUGAGUUGGGAUGUCAUCAAGAUUCUUGGACAGCAUUAUGGAUUGCAUAGACUGGCUAUUGAGGAUUUGAUCAACACACGCACUCGCACGAAGUGUGAUUGGUACUCUGAUCAUGCGUUCGUGGUGUUGACACUGCAAAAGCUUGUCCGCAUACAUUCGCACUCUGACUCGGAGGACUGCGAUUGCUCUGACGAUGACAAGCCAAUCUCAUAUGAUGAUAUUGACGGAACGCAUGAUCAUUAUCCAGAACGCGAACGUGUGCCUUUCUGGAAGAAGCCUUUCAAGAAGUCGAAGCGCAAGCAGCCCGAUCAUACCCUGCCAAAAUACAACGAUCCUGAAGGUCUGGACAAAUUGGGAGAUAUGAUUCGAGCGCACAGUUCGACAGCAGAUGGUGCACCUCUCCAGAAUAUCAGGACACUGCAUCGCUAUGAAAGCAUGCAGAACCCCGAGCACACUCUCUUCAUGGAAAAGCACUCUGCACUGUUCGAAGAAAACCUCGUCGUCAGCGUUGAACAAGUCGCGAUAUUCUUGCUUGCCGACAAUACGGUCAUCUCAUUCUUCGAACACUCUGGCGCUGAUAUCGAAGAGCCUAUUCUGGAACGACUGAACAGCCCCGCUACAAUGUUGCGCCGCAGCGCAGAUGCAUCGCUAGUACUCCAAGCCAUCAUCGACGCCAUUGUCGACUUGGCCAUUCCCGUCAAAGAAGCAUACAAUAAAGCACGGAAAGACCUGCAAAUCGACGUGCUGACCAAUCCAUCAAUGAGCACCUCCAAAGCCCUGCAUAUCUUCACCGAAGAAAUUGAUAUGUUGCAGAACCUGUUCAAGCCCAUCAUCAACCUCGUCAACUCAUUACGAGACCAUAAAUCUCAAGAGCCUUUUCUUGAAGGCGCAUUUUCUUCGGAGCCACCAGCACGAAAGAAAGAUAAGAACGAACAUCGACGACCACAGCCGAAGAGAUAUUAUACACAAACGCCUACGAGUGUGGUCAUGAGUCAUGUGGCUCAUGUUUACUUGGGAGAUGUGCUCGAUCAUUGUAUAACUAUCAUUCAAUCGCUUGAACAAAUGGAUGCUUCUGCCAACAACUUGUCAUCCCUGAUGUUUAACACCAUCGGUAAGUCUCUCAUGUCACGAUUAGCAGUAAGCAGCAUGACUCACAAUCCCUCAGGUGCCCGUACAAACACAACAAUGUCCAUCAUCGCCCUCGUAACCGUCUUCUUCGCACCCCUAACCUUCCUCUGCGGAUACUUUGGCAUGAACUUCGAACACUUUGCCGGCAUCAAGCACUCGGAUUCCUUCUUCUGGUACAUUGCCGUGCCUACGACAAUCGUAUUUAUGGCGUUGAUCGGAGGCGGUGUUGGCUAUAGGACAGUCAAGACUUGGGCGGCGAGGUUCCAUCUUGCCAAGGUGAGGAGAGGUAGGAAACAGAGGCAGCAGCAGAUGAGGGCUAGACAGAGGCAGAGGGCUGCGUUGGCGUAG